CAUUCCCCCGUCCCAGGCCCCCCGCUCUUAGCGCCCUCGGCAGGCCCGCCGACGCCCCCGGCCGCAGCCCCGGCCCUCUCGGGUCGGCCGGAGUGGCCGGUUACCAUGGUGAAGCUGGCAGCCAAAUGCAUCCUGGCAGGCGACCCCACUGUGGGCAAGACGGCGCUGGCCCAGAUGUUCCGCACAGAUGGAGCGCUCUUCCAGAAGAACUACACGCUGACCACGGGGGUGGACUUGGUGGUGAAGACAGUGACUGUUCCAGACACGAUGGACAGUGUGGAAUUCUUCAUUUUCGACUCGGCCGGCAAGGAGCUGUUUUCUGAGAUGCUGGAUAAAUUGUGGGAGGCCCCCAACUUGCUGUGCCUGGUCUACGACGUGACCAACGAGCAGUCCUUCCAGAGCUGCGCCAAGUGGCUGGAGAAGGCGCGGGCGCACAGCCACGGCGUCUCCCUCCCAGGUGUGCUGGUCGGAAAUAAGACAGACCUGACCGGCCGGAGGACCGUGGAUGCGGUGGAGGCCCGGACUUGGGCCCUGGGCCAAGGCCUGGAAUAUUUUGAAACCUCCGUGAAGGAGAUGGAGAACUUCGAAGCCCCCUUCCGCUGUCUGGCCAAGCAGUUCCUGCACCUGUACCGGGAGAAGGUGGAGGGCAUCUGGGCGCUGGUGUGAGCGGCCGGGGACGCCCCCCACGUGGACAGACCCUCUC